GAAAUAUCUCCCAACCUGUCAACACUUAAAAAAAGACAUAAAAGUCUGUGGCGACCAAAAGAAGUGAGAGAGAAAGAGAGAGAUAUGAUAUUAUUAAGUAGUAGUAUAAGCCUCUCAAGACCAGUUUCUUCUCAAAGCUUCUCUCCACCUGCUGCCACUUCAACAAGGAGAUCUCAUUCCUCUGUCACAGUCAAGUGCUGCUGUUCUUCCAGAAGGUUGUUGAAGAAUCCUGAGUUAAAAUGUUCCUUGGAGAAUCUCUUUGAAAUCCAGGCUUUGAGGAAGUGUUUUGUUUCAGGGUUUGCAGCUAUUUUGCUUCUCUCUCAGGCAGGCCAGGGUAUAGCGUUGGAUCUCUCAUCUGGUUAUCAGAACAUUUGCCAACUAGGGAGUGCUGCUGCUGUGGGAGAAAACAAGCUGACUCUUCCAUCUGAUGGUGACUCGGAAUCAAUGAUGAUGAUGAUGAUGAGAGGCAUGACUGCUAAGAACUUUGACCCUGUUAGGUACUCUGGAAGAUGGUUUGAAGUAGCUUCUCUUAAGCGUGGAUUUGCAGGUCAAGGCCAAGAAGACUGUCAUUGCACUCAGGGAGUAUACACGUUUGAUAUGAAGGAAUCAGCCAUUAGAGUAGAUACAUUUUGUGUUCAUGGCAGCCCUGAUGGAUAUAUAACAGGAAUCAGAGGGAAAGUUCAAUGCGUGGGAGCGGAAGACCUCGAGAAAAGCGAGACUGACUUAGAAAAGCAAGAGAUGAUUAAAGAGAAGUGUUUCCUACGAUUUCCCACCAUUCCUUUUAUCCCCAAGUUGCCUUAUGAUGUCAUAGCCACAGACUACGACAACUACGCACUUGUUUCUGGAGCCAAAGACAAGGGCUUUGUUCAGGUAUACUCAAGGACGCCAAAUCCAGGACCUGAGUUCAUCGCAAAGUACAAGAACUACUUGGCACAAUUUGGCUAUGACCCGGAAAAAAUAAAGGAUACACCACAGGACUGUGAAGUGACUGAUGCUGAGCUAGCAGCCAUGAUGUCCAUGCCAGGUAUGGAGCAAACACUGACCAACCAGUUUCCAGAUCUUGGAUUAAGAAAGUCAGUCCAGUUUGAUCCCUUCACAAGUGUGUUUGAAACCUUGAAGAAACUUGUACCGCUCUAUUUCAAAUAGAGCAAGCUUCUUUGCUCAAAUUCUUAUGUAGACUAUAAUCACUGUCCAUAUAUACAUAUCUUCCAGAAUCAAAACACUCUUCUGAUCAUAACACCAUUGAUUAGAGAAGUUGCAUACACUCCACAGAGAAACCAAAAGUACUAAUCUUGAUGCGCCAAAAGACAAAAACCAUCAAC